AGUGCAGUACUAGAUAGUACCAACCUAGGUACCUACAGUAAAAGACUAACAAAAACUCUAAUUAAAUUUCCACAUCAAUAGAACACUUCACCUGAUUGAAGGAGAGGUAAAUGUGAGUCGAAGUGACAUAUAAAAUUAUUAUGACCAGUACUAUUACUACUUACACGUAUAUAAAUUGCUUUUGCCGGCGCAAAACCUGUAAUUUGAGGUGAUAAAUUAUACGAAACAUAACAUACCUGUAUACAAGAUGUUUUAGCUUAACGGUAAAAUGUACUUGAAGUACGUUUUUUUACACAUUUUUGUGUAAAAUCUUGGGUAGCACUUUGUUGCUACUUUUUUAAAUAAUCCCCAGCCUAGGUAACUAGUAUGUACCAUAUACAACAUAGGUAGUUCGUUUUUCAAAAUCAAUCAUCUGUAAAAUUUAAAAAGAAAAUUAGACUAGAAACAUAUGUAUCUAUCUAAAUGCGCGGGAAUUUAAAGGUUAUCCAGUAGAUUUGAUAGUACUUAUUUUUAUCUAGGUAUAGAUUUUUUGAAAUUUUGUUUAUAUGUUGUGCCGUCGUGCCGUAGUAGUAAAUAUCUAAAACGUUGUUAUAAUGUGAAAGACAACUGAAGUAGCUAUGAGUAGGAAAAUAUCUAAGACAUUAUAACGUGAAAGAAAAUUAACAUAUAGUACCUUAUACUUGAUCCUUGUUUUAAGACAAAGACAUCAACGUGCAUGCGUUAAUUAGACAUAAGCGAAAAGUAUGAUUAUUAAUAAGGUGUUUGUGGAAUUCGCAUGAAUGUGUAAUAAUUUAUUGAAUAUAAUAUGUUAUGAUCAUUAAUGGCUUCAAUGAUUUAUAAUGUGGCUUCCUGAUACCUAUUUGUCGAAUGAAUCUAAUUAAUUUUGUUAAAUAAAUUUUGCAUAAUGAAACUGCCUUUUCGUAGUUAAUUAUAACUUCGGUAGGUAUUCAUGGUCAGAAUGAGAAAACAAAAAGUGUUAGCUUGAUGAAUUCAAGGAUAUAUGCGUGUCAUUGUCAUCCAUACAAGUCAGGACCAUGGAUUUAUGAGCUGUCAGAAAGACAAAGACAAAGAGGCGGAGGAGUUUGUCUGUCCGGAAGGAACCCAGGGGAACGGGAACUUUGCGGACCCGGCCACUUGCAGGCGGUUCUAUCAGUGCGUCGACGGCUACCCUUAUUUGAAUAGGUGUCCCUCAGGGCUUUACUUCGACGAUAUUAGCAAGUACUGUACCUUUAAAGCCGAGGCUAGGUGCGGACCUAUCGCCACAACGCCAGCGCCAAUAACAGAAGCCCCGACAGACCUGGCCACAAAAUGCGAUUUAGCCGCGUGUCAACUGCCCUACUGUUUCUGCUCCAAAGAUGGUACCAUCAUUCCUGGUGGACUGGAUCCAGAAGACACGCCCCAAAUGAUUAUGUUAACGUUCGAUGGCGCAGUCAACUUGAACAAUUUUGAGCUGUACAAAAAAGUCUUCAAUGGUAAAAUCAAGAAUUCCAAUGGUUGUCCUAUACGUGGCACGUUCUUCCUUUCGCACGAGUACAGUAAUUACGCUAUGGUGCAGUCUCUUGCUCAUGAUGGACACGAAAUAGCUACAGGAACUGUGUCGCAGCAACAAGGUUUGCAAGACAAGGGCUAUGAAGAGUGGGCUGGAGAGAUGAUCGGUAUGAGGGAGAUUCUGAAGAGGUUCGCCAACGUCUCCCGGAGCGACGUGGUGGGCGCCCGGGCUCCCUUCUUGAAACCCGGAAGAAACACACAGUUCAAGGUGCUGGAAGACUUCGGCUACAUCUACGACAGUUCAGUGGGCGUGCCCCCCUUGCCGAUCCCCGUGUGGCCGUACACUCUCGACUACAAGAUCGCGCACGAGUGCAAAUCGGGCACGUGUCCCACUAAAUCGUUCCCCGGUCUAUGGGAGGUGCCCUUCAACGCUCACUAUGUAGAAACGUUUGAGGGAGGACAUUGCCCCUAUCUGGACCAGUGUGUACUCCACAAUCACGAUUCGCAAGAGGUGUUGGAAUGGUUGCAAGAGGACUUCAGCAGGUACUAUGACCAAAACCGGGCUCCUUACAUGAUGCCGCUGCACACCAACUGGUUUCAAAUCAAAGAGCUCGAACGGGGCCUACACAAGUUUCUGCGGUGGGCAGCCAAUCUCAAAGACGUAUGGUUCGUGACGGUGACUCAGGGGCUGACGUGGAUGACUGACCCUCGGUCGGUGAAGGCCUUGACCAACUACGAGCCCUGGAGAUGCGACAACAAGGACCUUCCGCCAGCCCCCUGCAACCUGCCCAACAAAUGUGCCUUGUCAUUCAAACACCCAGAGACAAACUUCACUGACACGAGAUAUAUGGAAACUUGCAGCGAAUGCCCUAACCAGUAUCCAUGGCUUGGGGAUUCAGGUGGAACCGGGAUACCAGGGAAAGACAACUACAUACCGGACAACCUCAGGAAAUAGGUCAUUUUAGUUUUUAAUUAUUGUGUGUUACUGUGAUCACUUGAGAGUUUAUUUUGAAAAAGAAAAAAUUGUCACAUACUAAAUAUUUUUACGGUCAGUUUAUUUCUUAUAGUUACGCUUCAAGUAUAGUAUACAUUUUCUGUGCCUUCCCACUUCCUACUGACAUUAUGAGUAUGUGAGUAUGUUUGUUUCUUCUUCAAGCUCAAACGGCAGGGCCAUUUUUUAUAUAAUUUGAUAUUCAGGAAGCUGAUAGCUUAGAUUAACACAAAGAAAAAAUUAAACUUUAGAUUAACACGUAUGGUACUUUUUAUGCGAAAGUAAGCGAUUCCUGUAGGAUUUGGUAAAAAAAUCGAUGGCUCUACUGUGCAUAAAAACUUAGUAUUUUUACAAUAAUUAAGCGGGUAAUACCGCAGUUUAUAACUUACAAUCUUCUCUUUCCAAUGGAACGUACUAAUUUUCUAAUUCGAUACACCCUCAUGAUAUAUAUUAUCGUUUGAUAACGAAUAAGUAUAAUAUUUAAAAAAUUCAUUAGUAAUUAUUCGUUGUAUUUAUAUUUUGUAAAAAUAAUUGUCGACACAAAAGGGAACGUAUAAUUAAAAAGUUAUGGAACGUGAUUGAGUGGUUCUGUAUUGGAUGGAAAUUAACAAUUUUGAACACGAUUUGGAAAUUCAUACUGUUCAAUGCAAUGUGUCAAGAGUAUUAAUAUUAUACGUUUUAUGUGAUGAUGUUAAUAUAUCAAAGCAUUUUUAGCACAGGUUGUUAAUAGGUAAAUUUAAAAAGUUUGAAUUACCUACAUAUUUGUGUAUUGUUUUUUUAUACCUAUCUAAUACCGAUUUCAUGUUAAGUGCCAUUGUCGUCACAAGGUUUGUAGGAAUAAAUAUAUUAACCUUGUCUCACAAUUAUCUUUUAUUGUUUUCAUUGAGAAAGUGGAGAAGUCACUUUCAUGAUCAUAUUAUAUUGCCAUUUAUUGGUUUAAAUUUCCUCGUCCGAAGGGAUGCCCAUUUUAAAAUUAAAAAAUUAUUAAUUUAUAUCAAACAGUGGUGUUAGUUUUGGCUUUUGAAUGAAAUAAAUUUGUAUCUGUGAGUAUUAUUGUAAUUAAUCAGAGGCCAUAACAAUUGGAUAUUUUACUGCUCUCAAUCUGAUUACAGUAAUAAUGUACUCUGUUUGUGCUUUUGUACAUACUUUAUCCUCUAUAAUGUAAGUGUAUCAUUUUAUAAGUGACUAGUCGUCGCAAAUCAACUAAGUAUUAAUGCAGGCUAUACACUACCGGCAAACCGUUCGCCAAAGUUUCGACGGAGUCCACGUAAAUUUCUGGUUAUAUUCGUAUUCCUCAUGGCUGACUCGUGGUCAUUACGUGGAAUUAAACACACAUACCUUUCUUGGCAUUGGAGUGGUUUGCCAUUGCCUACUCCAUUUCACACACUAUGUUAAUAAUCAACCAGUGUGCAGGUUUCCUCACGAUGUUUUUCUUCGCCAGAAGAAAGUGGUGGUCGAUGAAAACUACUUAGUAUACAUGAGUCAGAUUGGUGUAUACAAACUCAUGGGGGCACGAGUAGGAACGAAUGAACCUGGACCUUUCGAUCUACAGGCGGACGUCUUAACCAUUAUUACAUCACCACAGCUUCUGGUUAUUCCUUGCAGUAAAACAAAAAUCACAAACUACGCACUGUACGUUCAUUUGCUUCGGCAUCUGUCCGAGUUCGCCGAUAGUGUAUAGCCGGUAUUUGAUUUAAACUUAUUUUAUAAAUAAAUAUGUAAAAAUAUGUAGUAAAAA